GUCGUUGUAAUUAUUUGCUUUACAAACUUUUGUGUUGAAAUUUACAAAAUUUUAAAGUCACGGUAUAAAAAUUAUAUAAUAUUAUUCUGGAAUUCUGUUAAGCGCACAGAAGUCAUUUCACUUACCUAAACAAGACAACUAAAUCAACAUGGCGUGCUGCGAGAGGGAAGCGAAACCUGCACCGAAACAAGCGCCUGCAGAGGCAGGAUGCUGCGGUUGCAUGGUCAAAAUUGGCAUAAUUGGCGGCAGCGGCUUAGAUGAUCCGGAUAUAUUAGAAGGACGUAAGGAAAAAACCGUUUCCACUCCUUAUGGCGCCCCCGCUGAUGUGCUUAUUGAAGGUACAAUUGGUGGUGUUCAAUGUGUGCUGCUGGCACGACACGGCAGGAAGCACAAUAUAAUGCCAACCAAUGUUCCAUAUCGUGCGAAUAUUUGGGCACUCAAAGAAGAGGGCUGUACGCAUGUACUCGUGUCUUCGGCUUGUGGUUCGCUGCGAGAGGACUUCCAACGAGGUGAUUUAGUCAUACCCGAUGACAUCAUCGAUCGUACAACGCAACGUGUUGAAACAUUUACUGAUGGCCAGCCUGGAAGUCCCCCUGGCGUAUGCCAUUUACCCAUGUCUCCUUUGUUUAAUGAGCCCACACGGAAAAUCUUAUUAGCCGCAGCAAAAAAACUAAAUUACAACCCACAUGAACGUGGAACAGUCGUAUGCAUCGAGGGGCCACGUUACUCAUCGAAGGCCGAAAGUAAAAUGUUCGGAAUGUGGGGUGGCGAUUUAAUUAACAUGACUAUUGUGCCCGAGGUGGUGCUGGCUAAAGAGGCGGCACUUCUAUAUGCCGGUGUAGCAAUCGCUACCGAUUACGAUAGUUGGCGGGAAGGACAUGAAGCUGUCAGUGUAAAACAAGUGGUGGACACUUUCGCAGCAAACGUCGAUAAGGUAAAGAAUAUAAUGAAAGAAGCAGUGAAAAUGAUUUCGCAACAGAACUGGUCAGAGGAAAUACAGAAAGCUAAAGAUUUGGUUAAGAAUAAUAACCAGGCUUUAAAGUAACCGUUAGACUAUUUAUAUAAUUUAGUGAUAACCAAAAAGUACCAACAACAUACAUAUAUAAAAUUGUAUUAAGAAAAAUCCGCAUGAAAUUUAUGGCCCCCAAAAUUACAAAGUAAACUAACUUAUAUAUAUACUGAGAAAAAAAUAAAGCAACCAAACAGAGCAAACAAA